AUGGGGCCUUGGACCCUGCUGCUCCUGCACCUACCCCUGGUGGUGUCCAUGCUCCCAGCCCCUACCAACGUGUCCAUCGUCUCCUUCAACCUGGAGCACACUCUGACCUGGCUGCCCGGUCCAGGGACUCCUGCCAACACACAUUUCAUAGUUCAGUGCCUCAGGAAGAACUCAUGGCAGCUUGUGAAGGGUUGUGCCAGGUUGAAGACCAGCCAGUCAUGUGACCUCACUAACACGUUCAAGGAUUCCUUCCGUCAUUACAAAGCCCGUGUUCAGGCCUUCACCCCGACUCAGAAGUCCAACUGGUCCCUCUCUAUGCUCUUCUACCCCUUGACUGACACGUUGCUGGGCCCUCUAGUGGUGUCCUUGUCCGGCUGUGGGAACUGCCUGCUCCUGCAGGUAACUCCCCCCACAUCCAGGGGCCUGCAGCGCUCCCUGUCCCUCACACAGCUCCUCUACAGGCAGUUCACCUGCCAGGUGCGCCGGACCAGGGACGGAUCUCAGUUCAGCAUGUGGGUCACCUCCACUGAGGAGACUGUGAUUGGCUACCUGGAGCCAGGGGCGGAGUAUUGCGUGACUGUCGCCCCGUCUACGACCUUUAACCCUCACUCAGUCCCCUCUGAGCCCCACUGUGCCUUCACCAGCCCUACUGCUGCCAACACAGUGCCUGUGGUUCUGAGUGUACUGUGUGCCUUUAGCCUCCUGGUGGUGCUCCUCUGUGGAGUGGUGGUCUACAGUGGUCGCCUGCUCUGUCUGCACAAACCUCUCCCCAGAACACUGGUACUAUUGCCAUGA